UUUUAGAUAAUGUUCAGGGAAACGUAUUUAACAAUCCUUUUCUGCGCAACAUGCUUGGCUCUGCCGAUGUUCAAUUCACAUUUAACGAAAGAUAAUGACGAAAUGGAAAACAUUCGAGUAAAACGUUAUGGUUUUCUUGGUGGCUACAAUCCGUAUCUAAAUAAUUCGCCCUACACAUACAAAUUCAAAACUCCGCUUUUCAAGGUGAAAAUUAAAAGUGGAGGCUAUCAAAAUGAUUUCUCCGGUCAUCAGCCAUACGGGUUUGGGGGUACUGGUUUUUAUCCAUCAUAUGGUGGCAGUGCUUUCCAUCCGCCACUUAACUUACCUUAUGGCUAUCAUUACAAUCCUCAUGGAUAUGGAUGGUACGGAUAGAUGAUUUCGCUAUUUUUUUCAAAACGAUAUCUGUAUAUGAUAAGCUGUUCUGCAUUGUUUAACUGUUGACUAAUACCCAAUAUUUUUUCAAUUAUAUCGUAAUUACACACGUGAGAAAUAUUUUAAAAUGUGAUGAAAGAAG